ACACUGCGGCGCGUGCAGGGUCGAGCAGAAACGAAAGCACAGUCAGAGACAGUAUUAUACAACACUUCUCUUCGGUGGGUUUUAUAAGUCGAAACGUGUCCACAAACAAGACACUGCCGUUAUGCGCUGCUCGACAGAAGAGCAGGAGAGACAUCAGUCGGUUGCCAUGGAGGCGGAGCUGCUAGCGGUGGAGACAAGGCUGAGCGGACGUCCUGCACAGGAGAUCAACGACACCACGGCUCUCACAGGAGAACAGCAGUCUACGCUGGACAAACACAAGGUCACACUGAGGAUAGAGAACGAGCUGUUUCUCAGAAGACACCCGGAAUUGCACACUCUACUGUCUUCAUUUGUCAGUGAAGUGUUGCUGAAGAAGCCACAGAACAUCAAAGAAUUUGCAGCAGGCUACUUCAGUGACCCAAGUAUGCUGCGACAGAGGCACAGUCCAGAGGCAGACAACUCUCAGAAUACAGAAUCAUGACCUCUAGUCAACAUGUCGUCUCUUUGUGCCCACUGGACAUCAUAUCCAACGUUAUGCUACAGAUCUAGAAUUGAGGCACUUACAACUAACAUGUAUCAAACCGACAGUGUGCCCACUAUUGCUCUAUCUAAAGAUCAUGAGGCAGAGAAUAGCUAAUGUGGCGAGGAAAUACGAACACCAUCCUUGAAUUUGAUCCCACUAGUGUGUCCGUAUACUCAAAGGUAGAACAUACAUUCCAUUCCUAGUGUAUUAUAGGCAUGUACAUAGUAGUACACACAACCCUAUGAGGCGUGUCAGCAUACAUUGUCAUGGGUGAGAUAGGGAUGGGCAUUAAGUGUAUUCAUCAGCUCGGGAAUGUAGGGGACGCAUCCCUGACCUAUGAAUAUUGUUACAAGGACACCUAGUCCCACCCUACAUAGGCUA